UUUAAGAUUCAGUGAAGUGAUAUGUCAAACAUUAUUAAAAAAAUAAUAAAAAUAAAAAUGCGUUUUUUGCAUUUUGAAAAACAAUGGCCAUCUUACCCAAGUUUAUUCUACGAAAGAAUACGUUCGUUUCUUUGACACACAGUUAAGUACGAUUUACUAAAAAAAUUCUAUCUACUUUUUUCGAUCUCCAAUAAAAUAUACAUUUGUAAUAAAAAAUAAUUUUUAUUAUCGAGAUUAUAUAUUUCAGAUUUAAAAUGGAAGCUGAAAACUUUAUUGAUAAACUGUUAAAUAAUUAUCAUACAAAAUUACCAAGUUAUAUAAAAUUACUUUUAAAUUAUGCAGGCUAUGAUAAUAUUAUAUCGAUUUCGAAAAUAGAUGAUGCUUCUAUAGCGGAAUUAGAAAAGUUCGCAAAAGAAGAUUUAACUAAACUUUUAAAUGAAUUAGUGGAAUUAUUUAUCAUGGCAAAAUAUAUCAUCGAAAUCCAUCACUUUUCAAGAUUCUUGAUGGUUAGGUUACAAGAAACUACUGUUACAUUUAAAGGAAAUCUGUGUCAAGGAAGUUGAAAAUAUUUCAAAUAAAUUUUGUAUAAAAUGUAAUGAGAAAAAUAGUACUCGUGAAGGAAAAAAAGAAAAGAGCCAAAAGAAAAGAAACUUUCGCAUGACAUGCAAAGAGAAGCAGAGGAAGUAAUAAUUGAAAAUGACAAAGAAAAUAAAACAGAUAAUGCUAAAGAAUACGUAGAAAAUUUGGCUAAAAAAUAUGUUAAAAGAUGUAUUGAUGAGUACUGUGAAGAACAUAUUGAAGACUUUAUUUAAAAAAUUGAUAAUUUAAAGGUCACAAUGGAUAAUGAAAAUUAUUAUGCAAAAAUUAAAUGCUGCUUCUGCGAUUUUAUUUCCACAGGAUAUUCGGUAAAAAAUUCUGGAAUUGGAAGAAAAUGGAUAUUAUCUAAUUUUAAUAAGCACAUUUUAAUUCAUAUGAAAAAUAGAAGAAACAAAAAACAGAGAAAAGAAAACAAACCUAACAAUACUUUACUUUCAUUUAUAAAAGUACAAAAUAACAAUUCUUUUGCAAGUUCACUUCCAAGUUCACUUCCGAGUUCAACUCAAAGCGAAAAUAAAAUUCAAAAUAACAUAAAUAUUUUAUCUGAAAUUACUGUUACUAAUAGUUUGGCCAACACUAAUGCCAAUACUAUUCAAAAUGCGGAAAUUUAUAUUUCGCCAAAUAUAAAUCCCAUAGAAUUAAAUGCAUUUUCUUUGACAAACAGCUCGAAAACAACCUGAGUUACAACCAUUAUGUCCAAGUGUAACCGAUUGCAGUGAAACUUCUAAUUUAUUAGAAUUAUCGGAUUUUUACGAACGCAGAAUUAUUGAAGAGGCUAAUAAUUCUGCAACGUUAAAUAAUGAGCCUCAACUACAAAUGGAAAAGAAUGCAAAAGUAGAUGUCAUGAGUAGACAACAACGAAAACUAAAAAAAUUUGAAGCAUUUGAUGAAUCCCAGACUAAAAUUACAGAUUAUUUUCUUAAAACUAUUACAAAAAUUAUUGAAGACCAUCCUGAUUUACAAAAUACUUUGUUAAGUAUCGCUAAUACAGAAAAUACAAGCAAUUUUGCAAAUAUAAGUUCAUUCUUAGAAUGUUUAAAAGAUACGGCAAUGAAGAAUAUCAAACGCAAGAAACAUGGAAACAAAUUUACUAGCCCUUUAAAACUUUUUAGUUUAUAUAUUUUCAUUGUUGGUGGUCGUGUGCUCUAUGAACUUUUACAUGCGAAUCUACAAAGUAUAUUACCAUCAAUUACAACAAUUAACAGAUUAAUAGAUAAGGAAAGUAAUAUAGUCAAUGGAAUAGUUCGAUUAAAAGAAUUAAAAUUGUUCUUAAUAAAACGAAAUUAUCCUUUAAAUGUAUUUAUUUCUGAACAUCAAACCGCAAUAAUUAAGAACAUAGCAUAUGAUUCUAAAAGUAAUCAAAUGAUUGGCUUUGUGUCUUCAUGUAAAAAGAAUGGAUUUCCCAAAAAUAAUUUUUAUGUAAAUUCUGUAAAAGACAUUGAAAAUGCCUUUUCAAAAUAUGUUGUUGGCUGUAAUGCCUAUGUGUACAUGGCUCAACCGCUUAUUGAUAACGCACCAGCAUUUUGUUUAACAGUUUUUGCAAGUGAUGAUAAUAGAUUUAAUCAUAAUGACGUCUUAGCUAGAUGGACGUUCUUAAAAAAUGAACUUGAAAAACUUGAUAUACAAAUAACUGGAUUUUCAAAUGACGGUGAUACAAGGUGCUUAAAAGACAUGAGAAUAUGGUCUAAAAUUCCUUUAUUGUCUAAAAAUCCAUAUUCUCCUUACUUUCAGAUAGAAUUUGAUAUAAAAAAACCAGUAUGUAUUCAAGACACAGUUCAUAUUGGAACAAAAAUAAAAACAAGAUUUUUAAAACCGAAUGUAUUUUUACCGAUGGGCUCAAAAAUUGUCUCUCCAGAACAUGUGAAAAAAUUAAUAAAGCAAUUUUCUAAAGAUAAACAUUUAUUAUGUGACAGUGAUCUUGAACGUAUGUUUAAUUUAGUUUAAUUAAUAUAUGAAAUAUUGUAUUAUUUAUCUAAAAUUCUAAAAAUUAUUUUUCAGCAAAAGAUAAGAUGAAUUUUGAUGCAGUUAAAAAAUUAUGUGCGCCUCGAGUAACGGAAUUAUUAUCUGCUAUUCCAAAUAGCCAGAGUAACAAUUUCUUAUUUUAAUUAAACGUAUAUUAAAUUCUUUUUUAAAUAAAAAAUUAAAAAUUGAAGAGCGCAUAUAUUCCAUGUGGCACGCAACAUUUUUUUUAAGAUUGUGGAGAAGGUGGUUACAAGAAAAUAACUACAGUAUUGAUAAAAAUGUUAUAACUUCUAAUGCUUACACGUCCAUAGAAUUAAAUGCACAUGGUUUAUUAAUAUUGAUUGAAAAAUUACGAGAAAAUAAUCAGUUUACACCUUGGUUAUGUAGCAGUCAACCAUGUGAAAAAAUUUUCAGACAAAUAAAAUCCAUGACAUCUACUUUCUCAACAAUAACUAAUUUUAAUUUAUUGAGCAUUUUGAGACAUUUAAAUCGAGUGCAACUUUUAAACGACAUAAGUACUGACUUAAGUAAGUUUAAUUCAUAAUAUUUUAAUUAAAUUUAUACAUAAUUAUAAAAGUUCAAUUUACUUUAAUAAUAUAUUCUUAUUUCAAGGCGAUACAUUUCUAUUUCCACGAGAAGAAAAUAAUAGAUUAGGAAUUUCUUCAGAUAGAACUUUAAAUUCUGAUGAAAUUCCAUCUACAAAAAAAAUUUUACAUAUUUUGGACACCGCUAAAAAUGAUGCACUAAAUAUUGCAAUAAAAUUAGAAAUGAAUAUGAAUGAAGACAUAAUAAAGGAAAGUUUUGAAGAGAUCAACAUUCGACAUUUAAUUGACGAAGAGGAAAAUGAAGAAGAAGAGGAAAAUAAUGAUGAUAUUAUAGAACAACAAAAUGAAGAUAUUGUAUCUGCCAGUGAAGAUUUCGGAAAUUUCGAAGAUUUGGAAAAUUUGCCAAAUGAUAUUUUAAUAUUUAAAAAUUAAACAAAAUUAAAUUUAAGAGAUUAUACAACUAACUGUACAGAAAGUAAUAAAGGUUUAUUUUUAGAUGUGAACGUUAAUGGAAAAAAAUAUGUUGUGAGAAAAUCUUCGCUCUGUUGGAUAUAUCAAAAUAAAAAUAGAUUGUCUAAUGACAGAUUAUAUCGAGUUCGUGGUAUGAACAUUGCAAAUACAAAUGAAAAGUCGAGUGAAAAAUUGAAGAUAGAAUGUGAAAAAUAUAGGUACAUUAGAAUUUUUGUAAAAUUUUUUUACUGCUGAAUAUUUUAAACUUAAUAUUUUAUAAAAUAACUGUAUUAUUAAUUGUAUUAUUGAUAUUUAGAAAAUCAUCUGUCGUCAACAUUCACCCAACAAAAUUUUGUUUUAUGGUCGGAAGUCAGUCAGAGUUUUUUCCAAAAGAGCACUUUGCUUCAGAUGAAGCUUGGGAGCGAUUUGUAAGAGUUAUGGCUGCUGAAAAAUCUAAAAAAUCUGCUAUCCAUAUGAAGUUAACUAAAAAAGAAAAAAUAAAUACUAAUAUAAGAGAACUAAUCAAAAUCAUGAAAGAGAAACAGUUUUCUAAAGCUGCUGAAUGUUUACAGGUAAAUUUGUAAUUAUAUGUAGCAGUACAGUUUCAAUAUACACUUCAAUCAUAUAUUAUGUAAUGGAAAAAUUCAUAUAAUUUUUUCCUGUAAUAUUAUUUAAUAUUAAUAACUAUAAUUAAUUUUAAUUAAAUAAUUACAGUUAAAUAUAAGUAUAAAUAUAAUUAAUAUACAUAAAUAAAUAUAAAUUGUAAUUAUAUUUCAAUCAAUUGUAUUUUUAUGUUUAAUUGUUUUUAUAUAAAAUGUACUUUGUACUAUAAUUGAACCAUAAAGUGUGUAAUUAUGAGAGAAAUUUAAAUAUACAAUCAUUAGCAUCAUA